AUGGAUGGGAAACAUGUGUGCGUAAAAGUAAAGCCUGAGUUACAGGGAAUGUAUUGGAAUCGACACGAUAAUGCAUCCUUGAACAUCAUGGCAAUAUGUGAUUUGAAUAUGUUAUUCACAUAUAUCUGGAAUGGAGCACCAGAUUCUUGCCACGAUACAGUUGUUCUGCAAAUAGCACAACAAAGUGAUUCCGAGUUUCAUUUGCCUCCGUCAGAGAAGUAUUAUCUGGUUGAUUCUGGCUACCCAAACAAACAAGGAUUUCUAGCUCUUUAUAGGUCGUCACAAAAUCGAGUUGUGAGAUAUCAUAUGUCUCAAUUCUAUUUUGGUCCUCCUCCUAGAAACAAACAUGAACUGUUUAACCAGUGUCACGCAUCUUUACGUUCUGUUAUCGAGAGAACUUUUGGAGUUUGGAAAAAAAAAUGGAGGAUUCUUUCGGAUUUUCCAAGAUAUAAUGUUCAUGUUCAAAAAAGAGUGAAGCAACAGAUAUACCAGAUGGAGAACAUAUGA